AGCAGCGAGAGAGACACAGUGAGGAGGAGAGAGCGCGCCCGUCAGCUGUUCAAUGUUUUGGCUGUGUGCGGCGCACAGGUUCCGCUGGUCCGCAGCUUCGUUCUUCGAUCAGUUCCGUUUGUGGAAUGGAACCGCUCGUUCUGCGCUGUUCCCGCCCACUCCGCCGCCCGCCCUCCGCAGCAUUCCAAGCCGAUCCGCAGUUCCGCGUGUGCCUUCCGAGCGUUUUUCGAUCGAGUAGUGGGGGUUACACUAUCGUCGCCACAAGGAGCCAUGUACACUGUACAUAAAUACAUUCAAGCAGGCGCCCACUGACGUCUCUCUCUCUGACGUCUGACAACCCCGCCACCCCCUCUAAGUGCGCCCGUGUGUGUGUGCGUGUGUGUGUGCGAUUAUUGUUAUUAUUGUGCUUUGUGACGCAUAUAACGGCAAAAGCGGGGCGUGUUUUUGCCUUCGUUGGAGAAGCUCAGCGUCUCGUGGGUAAAAAGCGCCAAUCGGACAGGUGUCGUUUGGCGGAAAGCUCGAGCUGCCGCUGUCGGGCGUAGUAAACAAAUCAGAGAUUAGGGCGCCGUGCUGGGCGCAAACAACACUCCAAGAAAGACGGCUCAAUUAGCAAAUUAAUCUAGAGACUGCCGGAUCCCUGGGGUAUUUUCGAAACGUGCUAAGCACUAAACAUAUUUCCGAGUGUCCAGACCAAAUCUCCGCCAGCGUUUACAACUCAUUUGACCCGCGAAUUCGUUUACAGAGCGAUGGAAAAACCCCAGCCACACGGAAAAAGGGCCAGCGCCAGCAUUUAAUUGCCACUGCUACGCCAGAGACAUUAAAAAACACAAAAAGUGGAAAUAAAAAUCAUUAAAUGUGCCCAGUCACCAUCAAUAAAAGCAGCUUCGACCUCGCGAGCAAAGUGUUUGCAUAGACAUCCCCCGGUCACCUGGUGAAAAUGAUGCUGAACAAAUACGAGGGAUACCAACGCACAGGCCAAAUGUUUCCCCACCACCAGCAGCACCAGCUGCAACAGCUGCAGCAGCAGCAACAGCAACAGCAGCAGCAGCAGCAGCUUCCGCAACAGUCGCUGUCCCUGCCCCCCAGUUUCCCGCAGCACCUGCAGUACGGGCACCUGGCCCCAGGAGGAGCCACUGCAGCCUCUGAUGAGCUGCUCAAGGCGGAGCGGGGAGCGGAGUCCAUCCACUCCGGCCAGUUCAUGGUCUCGCACUUCGAGGCCGAGGAGGCGCAGGACGACCUCGAGGACGACAGCGAGGUGAAGAUGCUGGAUCCCGAGGAUCCCGACCUGGUCAAGCCGGGCGAGCCGACCAACACCUGCCGCGACGUCCAGCUCUAUGUGCCCCAGACGGUGGCCCACUUCAGCGCCAUGGACCAGGAGGGCGACGAGAGCAGCAUGAGCAUGGUGACCUCCCACCUGGAGAUCGAGACCUCGCUGACCAAGCUCUUCAAGUGCAUGAACCUGGCCUACAGCCAAAAACUCACCUCGCCCAAAUGGAAUCAUUUCAAAGGAGUGCGACUACGUUGGAAGGACAAAAUCCGCCUGAACAAUGUGAUAUGGCGCUGCUGGCACAUGCAGUUCAUACAAAAGCGCAGAACCCCGGUGUGUCAAUUCGCGUCGCCGCUGGACGUUGACAUACAUAGUAAUCCUCAAACUGUCGUUCUUGAGGGCAAGUACUGGAAACGUCACUCGGCCGUGAUCAAAGCUGAAUACAGAAAAUGGCGCAGAAACUAUAGAUCGAAGGCUACGGGCUGUUUAACAUACGAUUCGAAAAGCGAGUUGGACUUUUUGGAAUGGUCGCCGCUGAACGAUAGGAACUUAAUGCCUGACGAUUGGACAACGGACACCUUGUUCUCGGCUAUAAAUGUUCCCUUUCCUUUUCCUGACUCCAGGGAAAUCGCACGCGGCGCUGGCAUCGCCGACUUCAUACAGCCCAGUUUGGGACCCUUGCAACCGAAUUUAGAUGACAUCGACAUUUCCUUCUCAGACCUAAUUCCCACAACACGCUUGCCACCAGUCCCGGAGGAGGGAACCGAUGCUGAAAUGCUCAAGAACGACGAAUACUGUCUAUCGGCGAUUGUGGGUGCUCCACACACGCUGUACUGCAAUGACAGCAUGAUGGAUGUGGUCAACAGCAGCAAUAGUGGCGCUGGAAAUGUGGACGCAAGCAUGCUGGAGCUCAACACGCCAAUAAACAACAUGUCGUACAAUGAGGUGGAGCAAAGAUUCGCAGUGGCACGACAAGUGCAGCAAUCCGCCAAUGAUUCUCAGCUUCUCGGCGACACGAGCUCAAUGUCCGGCAGGAUGCACGGGGGCAAGCACUUUGGGGCCGUCGGGGCGAACGACAACAGAUGUGUGAUCAACGGUCGCGUGGCCAAGAACACACAGCGCCCGUUCCGACGCGAGCCGCACAACUACGACAAGGCCCAGCCCACCUUGCACCAGACGAACCUCUACCAGCAGAUGCUGGCCGAGCAGCAAAAGAACCAGCAGCAGCAGCAACAUGUUGUCGGCGGCGUAGUGCUGCAGCCUUCUUUCCAGGCACAACAGCAACAGCAGCAGCAGCAACAACAACAGCUCACGCAACAGCAGCAGCACUUCCCUACCCAGCAGACAAACGCCUUCAAUAACCAGAGCUUCCUUAGCAGCUACACGGAGAACUACCAGCAGCAGCAGCAUCAGCAGCAGCUCAACGUAAAGGUGGAGCCGCUGCAUAACGACAUGCUGUCCUUGCUGGGAGACAGUGGGUACAACUCCAUUGGGUACAAGCCCUAUCCGCAGUUCAAGAAGUCCGCCUCGACGGGAACCUUUCUCAAUGUUCCCCGGCUGCCGCAGCAGCAACAGCAACCGAGCUAUCUGCAGCAGGAGCCGCCGCAGAUGCAACAGUCGCUGCCUUUGGGUCUGAGUACUCAGCAACUUCUGCAGCUUUCGCGACAGCAGCAGGCUUCAAACACACAGCAACAGCAGCACCAAUCCACUGUGGCUAGUUUACUGCAGCAGCAACAUCAGCAGCAAAGCCAGCAGCAACAGCAACAGCAGCAACAUCAGCAAGCCGCUGUCAGCACAGCCACUUGGGUGUCGCCGAACACCAUUUUGCCAAAGGAGAUCCAUCGCUCCAACAGCUUGCCACUGAACGUGUCGCUGAACAAGCUGCCAGAUGGCCGACAGCUCAUCCAUGAGCAGCCCUUUGCAGUGCCCAAGUAUCAUGCCAAGGGCAAGUCACGGGUGCGCAGCAACUCGAUGCACCAGCAGCAGACGUCGGUAGUGGCGGCAGCUGGAGCGGGAAGCUCGCCGCUGAGCGCGCACAGCUGCAGCAAUCUGCUGGUCACCCAGCAAAUGCAGCAGGCGACUAGCGAUCCCAUGCUCAAUAGCACUCUAGCACAGUUGCUCACGUCGAAUUCACGCCUGCAAACAGCCGUGGCGAAUAGCUCGCCCUCGAAUUCAUCUUCCGCCAGUGCCAUAGUCACCACUAGCAACAGCAGCAACGUGUCUCCGGCUCUUUAUGCUAAUGUCACAACGCCGCCGUCGGUUUCGGUGCCAACGCAGCCACACUCACCAAAGAAGUCCGCCUCAUUGCCCAUGGCCAUUAAUCCCGCACUGCACAGCCCCCCCGGCGGGAGCAAAAUGCACAGCUUUGGGCCGACUACGGCCAACCUGGGCAGCAACAGCCUGAGCUUGUCGCCGGACUCGCCGUUCCACGAGUCGCAGGAUUCGCCACUGUCGCCGACGGCCAGCCUCAAGUUCCAGCCGAGGGACACCCAACGGAGGGCGGGCCACAUCCACGCCGAGCAAAAGCGCCGGUACAACAUAAAGAACGGCUUCGACACCCUGCAUGCGCUCAUCCCGCAGCUGCAGCAGAACCCCAACGCCAAGCUGAGCAAGGCGGCCAUGCUCCAAAAGGGAGCGGAGCACAUAAAGCAACUGCGACAGGAGCGCAAUGUCCUGAAGGAUAAGAUCGAGGCUCUGCGAAUGGAGCGGGACGAACUAAACAACUCGCUGACGCACCUGCACUCCAUUUUGCCUGCCAACGGAGCGCCUGUGACGCGGCAGGGAACGGAGCACGUUCGGCAGCUAUACGAGAUCUAUGUGCGGUACAACACGAUGAAUGAUUGGAAGUUUUGGAUUUUGGGUCUCAUUCUGGAACCUCUGCUUGCCUCCUACACGUCAACAGUCUCGAGUGCUAGUCUGGACGAGCUACGCCGGACCGCCUUCCUCUGGGUCGAUCAGCACUGCUCCCUUAUAGAUCUGCGACCCGCCGUUACGAAUAAAUUGAAGUACCUAUCUAUGCAUACGGAUAUUGUAUCGGACCCACCCAGCACAUUGCAAGAGGAGGUGGUCAAGGCCCUUCAGAACUCAAGUGGCCAGCAUCCCAACCUACAUGGCCCCUAACCGUUGAUGCUGUUGCCCGUGAUAUGAAUUUAUUUAAUUCAGUCUUUAUUUUAACAAGUAACUUCAACAAAUUGUGCAGCACUAAUUGUACAAAAUGAAAAUUAGGCAGUUUUUAUACAAGAGAUUGGCAGCAGGCAAUAGAUAGUUACGCAGAGCAGCAAUUAGUGCCUACAAUCUUUGACUUAAGCGUAAAAUAAACUAACGAUUUUACAAGUUUUUGACGUAA